AUGAAUCAACACAAUGAGACUUCAAAAAUAAUACAACCCUUACCCAAAAUACAUCAACCUUUUCCCCAGCGUUUGAAAAAAAAGAAUGAAGAUGAGAGGUUUACAAAAUUCUUGUCUGUGUUCAAGAAGUUGUCCAUCAACCUUCCUUUGGUGGAAGCAUUGUUGGAGAAGCCAGGGUAUGCUAAAUUCAUGAAAGAGUUAGUCACCAAGAAGAGGAUCUUGGAUUAUAAAACGAUUGAAGUUUCUCAUGGUUGCAGUGCGAUCAUGACAAAGGAGAUAGUUACUAAAAGGAACGACCCUGGUUCUUUCACCAUCCCAUGUACUAUUGGAAUGCUCCAAUUUGCCAAGGCUUUAUGUGACCUAGGAGCAAGCAUCAACCUGAUGCCAUACGCCAUGUACAAGCAACUUGGAUUGGGAGAACCAAAGGCAACUACCAUGAGACUUCUCAUGGCAGAUCGAUACAUCAAACAUCCUGUUGGGAUCCUCUACGAUAUCUUGGUCAAAGUGGAUCGGUUUAUAUUUCCAGCUGACUUUGUGAUUUUAGACUGUGACAUUGAUGUUGAGCUCCCCAUUAUUUUGGAAAGGCCAUUCUUAGCAACUAGCAGAGCAUUAGUAGAUGCUGAAAGCGUGUCUACUGAAGAUGUUAUAGAUGAGACAGUGGCAAGUGUGAGUCAUCUGCUGCGCAAGAAUAAGCCUCUUGAGUCAAUACUUGCAAAUCAUGACGAUUCGGAAAUUCAGGAAUAUGAUGAAAUAAUCGUAGCCCUAACAGGCCCACCUGCAAAGCCAUCAAUUAAAGAGCCGCCAACUCUAGAGCUGAAAGUACUCCCAUCCCAUCUCAAGUAUGUUUUCCUGGGAACUAACAACACUCUGCCAGUGAUUAUUGCAGCAAAUCUGAGUGAAAGGCAGGUAAAAGUGCUUGUUGAAGUAUUGCAGAAGCACAUAAAGGCGAUCGGAUGGACCAUAGCUGAUAUCGUGGGCAUUUCGCCUGGUAUCUGCACCUAUAAGAUUUGGCUGGACAGUGAAUGCAGACCCAAUGUUGAGCAUCAGCGAAGGUUGAACCCCCCGAUGCUUGAUGCAGGAGUAAUCUAUCUUAUUUCAGAGAUCAAAUGGGUCAGCCCAGUGCAAUGCGUACCAAAAAAGUUAGCAUAA